UUGUCGAGCUCCAUCUCAGUACAAACGCCACAUUGGCAGCACAUUCUCUGGGACGCACCUCUCUGCUUCCCUCUGGCGGCCGCUGCCCCUCAUAGCGACCAAAGAAACCCUGCGCGUCGACCAUCAAACCAGAACGAAAUGCAGCUGGAGAAAGCCCAAGCCCGAUGUUUGACAAAGGAACACGUUUGAAGAAACGCAUCUGGGUUGAUAUUUGCACUGGAGGAAAGAGGUGAGAGACGCUCCUUCACCUAAUCACCAUCCCCGCCUCCAUCCACCUCCAACCCAACCCGUAGGAAGAGCACUACACCAAGGACGCGCCCCCAAUACACACUUUGCAGGGAGAGAAAGAGAGGGAGAGAGGUGCAGGUAUUAACGGGAGGUGGGGAGGGACGCGCUGUGAGUGCCGGACGCGGGGACACCAAAAGGAGGGGAGGGGAUGUGUUUUAGUGCCAAUGGCUCUCUUUCUUCUUCUUCUUCCCUUAAUAAGUCGCCUCUUGUUCCAAUUCAAAACACAGACGCAGGUCUAGACUCUUUAUCCACCUUAUCCCAGUUUUUUUUUAUUUUUAUUUUUUUCCACGCGCCGCACCUCUCCACCCAAGUCACCAGAAGGGGGGUUUUACGCGGCGGAGACUGAGGAGGCUCACCAUCACGUUAAAUGAGUCGUGGCGCGUCUGGUUUGUGUGCCGCGUGUCACCGCCGCUCUGAAUGUGAUGCCGGGUCCGCUUCCAGCACCGAUGACUUGAAGCACACGGCACCUGUUCCAUAAAGAGAAGACUUAUUGAUAACCAUGGCUGACCAGUAUAGUAUGUUUCUCACCACGGCGCCCCCUCUCCGGCGAGGAAGCACACCCCUGCCUGUUAAACAUCAGCUACGGAGGGAAGAGGCUGUAUCUGAGGACUGUGAUUGGAUCCCGGGCUUGGAGGAGCCUGCCACGUUGCCUAUCAGUGACACAGAGGUGCCUCGGGAUGAAUCCUUCAGCCAGUCGGCUGUUGCCCAGUCAGUCUACCACAGCCACGGCGGGGCACUGAGGAUAGUUCUUCUCGGACAGAAUGGCGUGGGCAAGUCGUCGCUGGCCUUGUCUCUGGCCGGGCAGUCGGACAGAUCCCUCUCAAUAGACUCUGAGACACAAGCAUGUGGUGAGGGCUACGAGUGCACGGUGACGGUGGACGACGAGGACAGCAAAGUCAUCGUGUACGACAACUGGAAACAGGACCUGUCCACUCUGCAGUGUGAUGUGUGUAUCCUGGUCUUCUCAGUGACUGACAGGAGAAGUUUCCAUCGUACGGCCCAGCUCCGCCUCCUUCUCAGGGAGUCGCAGCCGCACACACCAAUCAUCCUGGUGGGCAACAAGAGCGACCUUGUCCGUUCCCGUGAAAUCAGUUCAGAGGAGGCCCAAUCCAGCGCCAUGAUGUUCGACUGCCUGUACUUGGAGCUCUCAGCCUCCUUAGACCACGGGACCAACGAGCUACUGGAGGCGGCGGUGAGGGCUGCCAGAGGCGACUGUGUGGGCCCCGGCUGGACAGAUGGUGACCCCGGGUCAGGUCGCAGGGAGAGCCUCACAAGCAGGGCCAAGCGCUUCCUGGCCGGGCUGGUGCCGCGCUCGUACGGCCGAGACCGGGAACGAGAUCGGGGUCGCUACAGGGAGAUGAGCCGUCACCGCGGCAGCAAGAUCCUCCGACAGAAGUCCCGUUCCUGCCACGACCUCAGCGCACUGUGACACACACAUACACACACACACGAAGGCAAAGAAACACAUUCCACAUGAACACAAACACACACACACACACCAGAUUGAAGGAUAUGGGGGAGGGGAGGUGAAAAAGACGGAGGAGGAAAAUGAAAAGGAUCUUGCAAUGGAGAUGAAUAAAUGAUAAAAAGAGACAAGAAGAUAAUGGAAAAUACUCAUGAGUGGGAAUGUCACAAGGUCUAUAGGAGAGAAAUUCAACUGUGGCAGAAAAAGGUCAGGGCAGAAGGGAAGAAAAAAAUUAAUCGAUAGAGCAGACAUCCGCCUGGAUUGCAGCACUGAACCAAUAAGCAAAACCAAUUUUGAGAGAGAGAGAUAGAUAAACAGAAAAAAAGGUAAGGCAAGCUUGAUUAGCUCCUCUGGCUUGGGUGAAGCUGCAAGCACGUAUUACCCGAUGAGAAAAAAAGAGAGAAAAUUAGCGAAAGAAGCACAUCGGGACGCUGAUUUGAUGCUCAAUGUGGUUCAGUGAGAGGGAGGAAGGGGUCACAAAUGAACACACACCCAAGUAGCACGCACUGAAUACGUAGAAACUGAUAGCAAUCUAAUGUAUACCUAUUAUAGACCUUGUUUUAUAGCAUGCAGAGUAGACGAUCGAAGACAUGACCCUGUAGGUUUCACAGUUACCCUGUGACUGACCCUGGAUUUAAUGUACCUCAGUGGCCAACAGCUAAUGCACAAUCUAGCUAGUAUAUAUCUCUAGCAAUGCCACUUCAAUGGCAAAUUAUUUGUAGAAAUUCUACUUCUCUGCACAUCUUUUCCCAGAGUACCCACACUCCAACCACCCUUUCUGUCCCAUGCUGUUUUUAAGAAAUGUUUGAUGAUACCAUUAAUGUUCACCAGAGACUUUAAACAAGGUUGUAACAUCAGCACCCAAGCCAUAUAUUCGCUGAAUGCACCCUGAGCAUCCAGCGCAAAAAACCCUUUACCGUAGGAUGUGAAGCAAAGGAUAACAUGGCUAUAAAGACAUUAGCAGGGAUGACCAGACUGAACUCUUCUUCAGCUGAAGCUGAGUCAUACAGCACUGGGAUUUUCUUGAUUCACAGGAGGACAAACAAGACAAAAACCUAAUCUACCUGUGGCUGUUUGAUGAUUUCUUUUGUUUUUCUUUUUACCCACUGGCAUUAUUGUGUGUUUGGACUGAAUUCUGUGGGGGCUGGCCACACAGGUGACCCAAAAAAGAACGUUCUGGAAACGUUGUUCCAAUAUCUCGUCAAGUGUGGCGGCGUCACUGGCACAUCCUCACUUGUUCGUCACCGUCUACUGAGCACUCUCGUCUUUACCACUGAGAAUAAAUACAUUUUUGUUUGACAUA